AUGGAAAAUAAUAAUAAUAAUAAGACUAUUGUAGAUAAUAUUACUUUCUUGACUAAAACAGCAGUAGCUACAUCAGAAGGAGAAGGAAAAGGAGCAAUUGUAGUUGGUAUCAAUGAAUUACCCAUCACAUCUUCAUUCUCUAUAAGAAUCAAUCUUGGUGAUCAUCAACGACAACAACAAUCAUAUAUUUUAAGUGUAGAGUUUACAGUUGACAUUGCAUUCAAAAAACAUAAAUGUUUAUUGUAUAAUGAUGUAGUAGCAGAUCUGCUGACAACAAAUACAAUAACCAUCGAUUUACCAACACUUCAACAAUGCUUUGUACGUGAUCAAUUAGAUCCUAUAUUCUGGAACAACAUGUCUUGCAUUAAUAUUUCUCUAAACGACUCUUCCAACUCUGAUAAGAAUAUCUACAAAAUAACAAUGCCAUGUAAUCUAUUCAAUGCUUAUGACAAAGAAACAGCUUUGAACCAAGUUUUAUGUACAAUCUAUAAUCCCUUUGACUAUAAAUUAUCAUCAUCAUCAUCAUCAUCAUCAUCAUCUACUACUACUGCUGCUGCUGCUACAACAUCAUAA